AUGUCUUUCUUCAACUUUCGCAAGAUCUUCAAGCUGGGCGGUGAGAAGAAGAAGAAGCAGUACGAGCACGUCAAGAGGGACCUGAACCCGGAGGAGCUGUGGGAAAUCAUCGGCGAGCUGGGAGACGGCGCCUUCGGGAAGGUCUUCAAGGCUCAGAACAAAGAAACAAAAGUACUGGCUGCUGCAAAGGUGAUUGAUACUAAGUCGGAAGAAGAACUAGAAGAUUACAUGGUUGAGAUUGACAUUUUAGCAUCCUGUGAUCAUCCUAAUAUUGUUAAGCUCCUAGAUGCUUUCUACUAUGAAAAUAAUCUAUGGAUCCUGAUCGAAUUUUGUGCAGGUGGAGCAGUAGAUGCAGUAAUGUUAGAGCUUGAGAGACCAUUAACAGAGCCACAGAUCAAAGUCGUGUGCAGGCAGACACUGGAAGCAUUGAACUACUUGCAUGAAAAUAAGAUAAUCCACAGAGAUCUAAAAGCUGGCAAUAUUCUUUUCACAUUAGAUGGAGACAUCAAACUAGCGGACUUUGGAGUAUCAGCUAAAAAUACAAGAACGAUACAGAGACGCGACUCUUUUAUUGGCACACCAUAUUGGAUGGCUCCAGAAGUAGUCAUGUGUGAGACGUCUAAAGACAGGCCUUACGAUUACAAGGCUGAUAUUUGGUCUCUUGGCAUUACUUUAAUAGAAAUGGCUCAAAUAGAGCCACCUCAUCAUGAACUAAAUCCAAUGCGAGUGCUUCUGAAAAUAGCAAAAUCUGAUCCUCCUACAUUAGCACAGCCUUCAAAAUGGUCACCAGAUUUUAAAGAUUUCCUAAAAAAAUGUUUGGAAAAGAACGUGGAUGCAAGGUGGAGCGCAGCGCAGCUUCUACAGCAUCCGUUUGUCACUGUUACUUCCAAUAAACCAAUACGAGAAUUGAUAGCAGAAGCUAAAGCUGAGGUUACGGAAGAAGUUGAAGAUGGUAAAGAUGAGGAUGAAGAGGAGGAAACAGAAAAUUCUCUGCAGUUACCUGCAGACAAGCGUGCAUCCUCUGACCUUAGUAUCGCCAGCUCUGAAGAGGAUAAACUUUCUCAGAAUGCCUCUGUCCUGGAAUCUCUUUCGGAGAAAACAGAAAGUAAUGCAGUUGAGGAGAAAAACAUCAGUAUUUUUCCAGAUGGUAAAACAAGUGGAGAUGAAUCUGAAAGCAAUAAAUUUGAUAAAUCUGCUGAUAGCAUGUCUGAUACUCCUGUUGACAAUGUGAAAGUGCAGAAUGGUGCUGUGCCAACCGAUAAAGGUGAGCAAGGCAAAAUAAUAGCAAUUGAAAAGAAUACAGAAGGACUAGACAAAGCAGAUGAAGAUACUGAACCACAGAAAGGAAAUAAAGAACUUGAUGUGGUUACAAAACCAAAAGUAACAGAUGAAUGCAACCUAAAAAUAGAGAAAGAAAAAGACAUUGGAAAUAAACAGGCGGAAGAAAAUAAACUGAUAAUGGCAGCCACAACUGAAAACAGUGUUGAAACUGGAGAAGCCUUUUCCAAGGAAACUAGUGAAAAAGAAGAAAAGGAAAAUAGAGUAGAUCUUCCAGAAAAUAAAAAUAUAGAUGUUACUGCAGAGCAAAAGGAUGACAAAGAUGAGGCUCAGAAGGAGGUGGUGAUAGACACCACUACUGAAAUUCUGGUCAAUGAGGACCAAGUAGCUGAUGAAGAAAAGGAGCGUGAAGUUGACAAGAAUGAGGAGAUAGGCAGUACUGGUGAAACUCAAAUCAGUGAUGGGGAUAAAGUACUUGAGACAGAGGAUAAGCUAAUGGAAAAUCAGCCUAAGCAUGUCCAUGAGAUAAUCAGCUCUGAAGAAACGGUGUCUAAAAGCCAAGACAAAGCAAUUGAAGUAGACAAGGCACUAGAAGAAAGUGAAAAUGAGGGUAUUUGUAAAACAAGCAGCAUGGAGGAAAGAGAGAUCCAAGGCUCUGGAAAAGAAGACAGAGAUCAGAGGGUAAUAGAGAGCAAGACUGAGGAUAUUCCUGAUAAAACAGUGGACAAACCAACUGAGAUGGGCCAGGAUUCAGAAGGGCAUGGACCUGAGACUGUCCAGAAAAACAAUACUCAGCCAGAGAAAGGACAUUCAGAAAGUAGUUCGGAUGAACUAAUAAAGAACAAGCUUCAAGAUGCAGAUGACGAACGAGCUGAUGACUCUGAACUCGCUCCGGUUCCUAGUAUUAGCGUUAGCACUGAAGAAAGUGAGGAAAAAGUCAAAACAGAUAAUCAAGACAGUACUGGAACAUUACAGCAGCUGGAAUCGGAGACUCUAAAGGAAAAUGAUGCAGAUUCAGGCACUGGUUCUGCAGCUGAUAACAGCAGCAUUGAUUUGAACUUGUCCAUUUCUAGCUUCCUCAGUAAAAACAAAGAGACAGGAUCAAUCUCUUUACAAGAAACUAGAAGACAAAAGAAAACAUUAAAGAAAACUCGCAAAUUUGUUGUUGAUGGAGUAGAAGUGAGCGUGACCACAUCAAAAAUAGUUACCGAAAAUGACUCAAAAAGUGAAGAGAUGCGAUUUCUACGGCGUCAAGAGCUGAGAGAGCUAAGACUCCUUCAGAAGGAAGAGCAGAGAGCUCAACAGCAGCUCAGUAAUAAACUCCUGCAGCAGCGAGAACAGAUGUACCGACGUUUUGAACAGGAAAUGACAAGUAAAAAGCGCCAGUAUGAUCAAGAAAUAGAAAAUCUCGAAAAGCAGCAGAAACAGACUAUAGAGCGCUUGGAACAGGAACAUACAAAUCGUUUACGAGAUGAAGCAAAACGUAUCAAAGCAGAACAGGAGAAGGAAUUGUCAAAAUUCCAGAACAUGUUGAAGAAUAAAAAAAAGGAGGUUUUAAAUGAAGUGGAGAAAGCACCAAAAGAGCUGAGAAAAGAGCUCAUGAAACGCAAGAAAGAGGAGCUUGCACAAACCCAGCAUGCUCAGGAGCAAGAAUUUGUGCAGAAGCAGCAACAAGAACUGGAUGCAGCUCUAAAGAAAAUUAUUCAGCAACAGAAGACAGAACUAGCCACCAUUGAACGAGAUUGUCUUAACAACAAGCAGCAGCUUAUGAGAGCUCGUGAAGCUGCAAUCUGGGAGCUGGAAGAAAGACACUUGCAAGAGAAGCAUCAGCUCCUCAAACAGCAACUCAAAGAUCAGUACUUCAUGCAGAGACACCAGUUGCUUAAGAGGCAUGAAAAGGAAACAGAGCAAAUGCAAAGGUAUAAUCAACGACUUAUUGAGGAAUUAAAGAACAAGCAAACUCAGGAAAGAGCACGGCUGCCUAAAAUCCAACGAAGUGAAGCAAAGACCCGAAUGGCUAUGUUUAAGAAAAGUUUAAGAAUCAACUCAUUAGCUUCUCCAGACCAAGAUCGUGAAAAAAUUAAGCAGUUUGCUGUUCAAGAAGAAAAGAGACAAAAAAAUGAGAGACUGGCUCAGCAUCAGAAACAUGAAAACCAAAUGCGGGACCUUCAGUUGCAAUGUGAAGCAAACAUCAGAGAGCUGCACCAAUUACAGAAUGAAAAAUGCCAUCUACUGGUUGAACACGAGACUCAGAAGCUAAAAGAACUAGAUGAAGAGCACAGCCAAGAACUGAAGGAAUGGAGAGAGAAACUGAGACCAAGAAAAAAGACUUUGGAAGAGGAAUUUGCUAGAAAACUGCAGGAGCAGGAAGUUUUCUUUAAAAUGACUGGAGAAUCUGAAUGCCUUAAUCCUUCAACACAAAGUCGGAUUUCCAAAUUCUAUCCCAUCCCCAGCCUUCACUCCACCGGGUCGUAACUCUGGGAACUGCUGUAGCUUUGUCAUAUUUGGAAUUCUCCAUCCUCAUCAUCUAACCUGGUAUAAUCUGCGCCGUACAUCAAAGGACCGCAGUGCUCCUUGUUUCCAGUGGAGACAAUC